AUGAGCAAAGACACCCGAAGCAGCAAAAAAGAUCCAAUUCGACAAUUCAUCAUCUCCGGAAAGGAUCCGGUGUCCGUGGCCGACUUGGAAAAAGACGAACUCAAGAAACUGACAGACAUAUUACACCUAGGCAAAAUCAAAUCCCCUCAAACCGAGGAUCUAGCCAAAAGCCUCAUCAAAUUUCUGCCCAAAGAGUUGCGCCGUGAGCGCGGCCACAAGAACAAAGGCCUAUGCAACGGACAUCAAAAUUUCAACGCCGGCUUCAUAGACGAUGUACUAUACCUGCUGAAGCAGGAAGUGGGCCACCAUUUCCGCAAAUUCGAAACAUAUCCAGAUCUAAUGACCAGUCUGGACCGGCUGAUCGUUGAAAGACUGUCCGGGAUCCGGGGUAUGUGGACGAAACGCAAGCGGAAUGAUCCGCCAAAUCCUCAUCUAUGGACAUUCGAGACCAGUGGCUGUCAAGCAUGUAUGAUUGCCAGGGUAGCGACUAACAUAGGUGCGUUGCGCAACUUGCGUACUGCGAUGCUGUCUCGGAAUCAGACUCGGAAGAAGCAUGUUACGUGUCGGUUGAUGAAGCUUGUUGAGGCUUGUAUCAAUCACUACCCCAAUCAGUUGAGCGAGAUUCAUGCUUCGUCUGGUCAGUUUGCGAUUAUCAUGAAAGACACACGUAAAACUUGUAGCAAGGCAUGGUAUAAUGAUCCGAAACAUGGCGCCGCGAGACGAAAGGAGUCGGGACAUAGAUUCCGGCGUCGUCAUAGCGAGAGUCAGCGCAGCGAGAAGAGCAAUCAACGCUAUGAGGAGAAAGAUGAUACCGAGCUUGCGGAGAUGAGAGCCGCAUACAGGGGGACGGUCGUUUCUGGUCCAGGGCCGCAGUUGAGUGCAGGGCACCGGCCCAAAGAGCGGCAGACGGACAGAAAGGACCCAGCGAGGAGUCCGACACCGAGUUCGUCACAGACUGGGGCAUCAUUUCCGGCUGAUCAGGCCAAGGGGCGUCCGCAGCGAAUGACGCAGCUCACGGAUUUUCUUGAUGGGAGGAGCGAGCGCUUUGGCGAUAGCAUAUAUACGAAAGACAGCACGGAUCUCAGAUAUGCCAGCUCGAUGUCGACGACCAUUGAUGCAGUGGAUGAGGUGACGAAUAUGUACCGAAACUUGGGGGGAAAUCCCUUCCGAGAGCAGAAUCCGCACGAUUCCACUGACGGGAGUGAUAGCGAUGGCGAUGGCGAUGGCGAUGGCGAUGGCGAAGAGGAGCCUGUCCAUACAUAUACAUCUCAGAAUCUGGCUGCUGCGAUGACCACCUGGAGCCUACUCUGUAACUCGACAGGGACGCACCGGGGCUCGGAGUUUGAUUAG